CCCUAGCGUCACUCGCUGCUCUGGCCGCUUCCGGGGUGGGGGGCGGGGGGGUCCUUGCUUGCAGCCUUGCGGAGGCCGCGUAAGCUGGGGCCGCAGCCACGGGAGGGACCCAAGUGGAGGUGUCCCUCCCGAAGUGCCCCAUGCUGACGGCUCUUCCCUGCUGUUCCUGCCUCUGCCCUGGCUACUGGUGUGAUGAGUAACACUACAGCACCGAGUGCCCCCAGGGCUACCAGUGACUCCAUGGUGGGCUAUGUGCUUGGCCCCUUCUUCCUCAUCACCCUAGUGGGGGUGGUGGUGGCUGUGAUGAUGUACAUCCAGAAGAAGAAAAGGGUGGACAGGCUCCGGCACCAUCUACUGCCCAUGUACAGCUAUGACCCAGCAGAAGAGUUGCAUGAAGCUGAGCAGGAAUUGCUAUGUGAGGUGGGGGAUCCCAAGGUGGUCCAUGGCUGGCACAGUAGUUACCAGCACAAACGGAUGCCCCUUUUGGAUGUGAAGACAUAAACUAAGGAAGCAGGCCCCCACCAAGCCCUGACCCCACUGGAAGGGACACCUUUUUACCUGUUACAGGAGUCCAGAAUUGCUCAUUUUUGUUAUCUCCCACUGAAGAGCCUCCCUCACCCCACAAAUAGGACACACAGUAAUCAUUCUUUAUUGACCUGCUGGCUGGGACAGCUGUCCUUUUCUAGACCCUAGGCAGGGGCUAGAACCCCAUCUGUCUUGCUUUUUUCAUCUGGGUACUUGCCCCAAGCAUCUUUUGGCAAAUCCUAAAGGUGGAGAGGAGGGGACAGGAAUUACCCCGACUUAUGUUGUAUUCCUCCCCCUCCCGAGAUGUCCAGCAUGCUCAACUUUGCCCUUGCUACUGUCAGGUGCUGGGUUGUGGUUUCCUAGGGAGGGCUUUGUUUAUAUUAUACAGUGUACAUAGAUUUUGUAAAUAAAAUGUUUUGUGGACGGGAGUGUAACCAAGAUAGCUCUGGCUAAGGAGAGAGCACUUCUACUCCCCUCCUGACGUGUUCUUUGCUAGUGAUGUGAAAGCCCCAAAUAAA